CUCGCUUUUAACGGGUUCACACGAGUGCGUCGUCACUUCCUGUAACUCGCGGAUAAAGACGGACCUGGCAGCACCUAGUUUGGGAGCUUCGCGGGUCAAUUUUUUGAGUUUGUUUGGCGUGAUCCGAUUUACAUCGGAGCCAUCAGAACUGCAAUCAUGACUGUUGGAAAGAGUAGUAAGAUGCUGCAACACAUCGACUUCAGGAUGCGGUGCAUCCUGCAGGACGGUCGUAUCUUCAUCGGGACUUUCAAAGCCUUUGACAAACACAUGAACCUCAUCUUGUGUGACUGUGAUGAGUUCAGAAAGAUCAAGCCCAAGAAUUCUAAACAGCCUGAGCGUGAAGAGAAGAGGGUACUGGGCCUGGUGCUGCUCAGAGGAGAGAAUCUGGUCUCCAUGACAGUGGAAGGACCCCCUCCCAAAGAUACUGGCAUUGCCCGUGUGCCCCUGGCUGGUGUGGCAGGAGGCCCAGGAGUUGGCAGGGCAGCUGGCAGAGGCGUCCCUGCCGGAGCACCCAUGCCCCAGGCACCUGCAGGCCUCGCUGGGCCGGUCAGAGGAGUGGGAGGCCCCUCGCAACAGGUAAUGACCCCACAGGGCAGGGGAACGGUCGCUGCAGCAGCAGCUGGUGCCACCCUCGCUGGUGCCCCCACACAGUACCCACCAGGCAGAGGAGGACCCCCUCCCAUGGGCCGCGGUGCACCCCCUCCAGGUAUGAUGGGCCCUCCCCCAGGCAUGAGGCCUCCCAUGGGUCCUCCAAUGGGAAUGCUCCCUGGCCGUGGAGGUCCAAUGGGCAUGCCCCCUCCCGGCAUGAGGCCACCACACCCAGGCAUGAGAGGCCCACUACCCCCAGGAAUGCGUCCUUCCAGACCUUGAGUCUCCCCACUGGACUGUUGUCUUAAGUGUAAUCCCUACAAAAUCCUUCUCUUUAGGCUCCUGUAUAGUUUGAAUUUUGUAACUUUGUUUUGAUUUUUUAAAUAAAGUGUCAUGGACGAUUUGUUUUAAAAUGUUGGCCUCUGAUUUGCUAUGCAGAUUAAAGUGAAUAUUGAUGCCGUGUUUGGCUGAAGCGCAUACGCGUUGCUGGUGAUUUGUUGAACAGACAAUAUGGUCUUAUUAAAUUAUCUUAAGAAAG